CGCUCAAAAGGUACAACCCGAACCCCCCAUCCGCUCGGUCGUUGCAAGAAAUUCCUCUCCGUUUCACGGCAGCUUCCCUUCUUCUCGCUUCGUCCCUAUUUCAGCCUCUAUUACAGCCGCCUUCUCCAUCGCUGUGAGAACUCGUCCCAGGUCUCGGUUUCAUUGUUCUCUGCUUUCUUUCCGAAAAAUCCAGUCUUUUGAACCGAAUUGAACGUGCCGCUAUCUGAUUCCGGCAAGCAAGCCUUUUUGUUCCAUCUGGAUUGUUCCUAAAAUCCAUACUUUCGAUACAAUCUUUCGUCUUUCGGCCCUUUCUUGAAUUUUAUUGCUUCCAAUUCCCUUUUGGAAUAGGAACUCAGCUGCUCAAUUCGGGCAUGGACGACUUGGACUUCGACUUCCCGGACCCGGAAGUGUUCCCGGGCCCCGAAUUCGGGGACCAGAUGCCCGGCAGCUGCUCGAUAAAUGACUUCUUCGACGAGAGCCUCAAGGACGUGCCCCACCACUCGUGCACCCACACCCACACCUGCAAUCAUCCAGGGCCGAACCUCUCGCACACCCACACCUGCUUCCAUGUCCACACCAAGAUCGUCUCGGCUUCUGCGGAGGAGACUUCCGAUUCCGCCGAGAAGAGCUCAUCCAAGAAGAGACCGAUGGGCAACCGAGAGGCUGUCCGGAAGUACCGCGAGAAGAAGAAGGCUCAUACGGCCUCCCUGGUGGACGAGGUUGCCCAAUUGAGGUCUCUCAAUCAGCAAUUGAUGAAGAGGCUGCAGGGCCAAGCAGCUCUAGAGGCAGAGGCGACGAGGCUUAGGUGCUUGCUUGUUGAUAUAAGAGGGAGGAUAGAAGGAGAAAUCGGAGCCUUCCCGUAUCAAAGAGUGGCCAGAGUGGGUGGGGAUAUGGUUUCUAAUGCCCCCCAGGGGAGCUUUCUCGGUGCCCGCAUCAUAGAUUCGUGCAAUUUGCGCUGCGAUGACCGCGUUAACUGCAUGCAAUCGGUGAUGCAAGGGAAAGGUGACGAUGAAGAUGGAGCCUUGGAUGGUCCGAACUUUGGUGCUUGUGAGGUUGGCAAUAUUCAAUGCAUGGGGAGUUCGAGCACGGGAUCUAAAGUUAUUUUGGCUUGUGGCCGUGGGAAUGCGAUGGCUGCUGGAUGUUCAUCCAAGGCCAAGAAGACUAAAGUGUACUGUUCAGGAAACCAUGCUACGUGUAAAAGAAGAACAUGUGUUAUUUAUGAUAAAAAAUAAUUUACAAUGGAUUUCAUUUUUUUUAUUCCUUUCUUUCCAUACGCUCCUAUCUAGAUUACCAAAUAGCAGCCAAUCUUCAAUAAGGUCACAAUAUUUGAUUAUUCAUUAUACCUAAUUGAUGGUUCUAUCUUUUAAAUCUUUUCACUUCUAUAUAUUUCAACAAACCACAUUAGUUGCAAGAUCAGUAUUCAUUUGAUCUGACCAAUAAGAGAGUUUGUGCACCGUUAGAUGGUUUGAAUUUCCCUUCAUGUUUAAUAUGUAUUAAUCUGAACCUAAUGCUUAGCAGCUUCUUUCUGCAAAUUGCUGUCUUUUGGUGUAUUGUACUCUGUGGCUCCUAAUUUCUGAUCAACAGAUUCAAAGUUAAAUAGUUUUGAUCAUUUAACCAUUACAUUUUCUGACAUUUGAAUGAUUCGUUUUUCUUUUUGGCUUUUAUUUCCAAAUUGGUUUAUGAAUAUGAUGACCAUGACAACUUAAACAUCUAGAAUCUCAAUUGCAACAGACAAAACAGAUGACAAAUAAGAUGAAAAAUUAUACUGAUAUUUAUUUCCGAAAAGAUGCUAAGUCCACCAAAGCCUGCCUGACUUAUGGUUGGCUUUGAUAGCACCCGCCAUUCAUGGGAAAGGGCUUCAAUGAUGGUGAUGAUUUUGAAAUCACUUUAGCAUUGUUUCCUACCCAUUUGGAUAGGUCAGAAUUUUUGCGAGUGGCACUAGAUAGGUAAUUAGCUUCAAUUUCUCCCAUUGAAAUUGAGGCUUAUUUAGUAAGUGAAUCUUAGUUUGUAAGAGUGCUCCCUAUUGUAGUAGAACCUGAGUAUUUUACAUAUUGGGAGCAAGCAUAAAGUUGAUAAUAAUCGUUGACAAUCUACAAGACAGUAUGUAUAUAUAUUUUACAUAUAUGUCAUUCAUGGACCACAAUAAUAAACAUAACUCUAUCAAUGGAUUGUCGCGAUGAAUUCAGUUGGACAGUCUAACAUCAAAUGUUGUUGGCUUCAGAAAUGGUUUGGGCAAAUGUACAUGAUUGUCGACCUGGCAUCAACCUUCUUAAAGUUUUUGCUGACAAUCUUAGGCCAAUUUGUGGGUUGGGAUAAAUUGGUGUCAAACAUAUACCAACAAAAUGCCAUUGUAAAAGUUUCAAUAUUGGGAUAAAUGAAACUGGCAGAAAUUUUCAGGUGUCUUCUAGCAAGAAUACAAUUAAAUAAAACAAAUUUUUAUGAGUAAUUAUAACAGCACAUAUCAGAUAUUCUAUAAUGGUUUAAAUUACAUCAAUUAUUCCCAAAAAAUCCUCUUUAAAUAUUCAUCAUUAAUAUAAAUUCUAUAAAUUACUCCAACAUUAUCUUAUGGUCUGAUCAGCGAUGGUGAUCAUUUUGUGAAAAUAAAACAGAUUUAUAGCUAGAUAUGUUUUUAAAUAAAAUUACAUAUGCCAAAGAACGGAGUAUGGAACAAAAACUGGGUAAUGCUGUCUGUAUUGGUUAAUUUAAACUGGUAGUGUUGUAAACAGUCCAGUGUUGCACCUUAAAGUAGUAAAUAAGAAAAAGACCGAUUCAAUAAUAAAAUUGGUUGGUGUAAAUAUAACUGCCCAGAGUGGAGAAUGGGCUGGUUGUAAUUAUCAUUUCAAUAUGGUUCUGCUUGGAUUAAGGUGGUUCAAUCGCAUUUGGGCUAUUAAAGUCUUUCAGGUGAUGGUUUCAUUUCUUUCUUUAAUACUGAUAAAAGAAGAAACGAAGAGACGAAGCAGAAUAUAAGGAGAAAGGAAGAAAAAGAGACCACAUAACAUCUAAGCGUGAAAUAUGUUUGUUAGAUGGACUUCAUUUUAAAGAGCCAUAUUGUUCUUGAAAAAUGCAUAUUAUAAGAAAAAAGUAUUUUUUUCAGGAUGUUGUUUAAAUCAAUGUUAGAGCUUACAUGCAUCCAAAUUUGCUUUGUAUCUAAGCCUAUUAGGCUUUGCCUUAACACUUGUUGGUCAACUCUGUUUUUAGCUUUUUUUUUUGAAUAUAGAGAGUAAAUGUCAAAUUUUUUAUAGAUUAUAUUUACUUAGAUUAAGCAUUCAUGUUUUCAUCUGUUUCUGGAUCCUACUGGGAAUGAGUAAUCAUAAUUUUUCAUCCUAAGUUUUUCCUAAAAUAUAUGAUUUUUAUGCAAAAUCAUAAUUGUUUAUUUGGCCACAGGAGUUGAUAAUGCUAAACUUGCUCUUUCCUAGAUACUCAAUUGAAAAAUAAGCAGCUCAGGUAAAUUUUUAUAUUUUGAGUUGAACUAAAGACUUCACAUUAAAUCUUUAACACUAGGAUUCAAGUGUGAUGUUGAUGAUUACUUAUCGAAACUAAGGAUUUGAACUAUUGGUUACAGUUAUAUUUAAUUACCCAAAAAUAAAAGUAGUUAUAAGUUUUGGAGCGGAUGAUAUUGUGUAUUAGUAUGCUAGAAUGAUCUGAACUAUAGAUGGCUGGGCCACAUUGCAACAAAAAUAAAAUUUUGGUGGCUAAUUGAAUUUUUUUAAAAAUUUGGUACCUAAGUGUAACUGGCCGAAACUUGAAGGGGUGUCUCUUUUCUUUUUUUUUAAUAGAAAAACUUAUUAGAUCAUGAUCAAUACUUUCUCGUCAUGGAUUUUGUACAUAGUAACUCGUAAAUAUUUAAUGGAAAGAGUGUUGUGUUACUCUUGUCUUUUUUCCGUGCAAUUUGCUUAGCUCCAGUCUCACAGUUACUGAUUAACUUCCUUCACCAGCUCCUAAUUGAAAAAAUUCCUUGCAUUUUCAAUAAUAUUUUGUCUUUUUGUAUCUAUUAACUGUUUUAUAUUAUUCUCGGGUUUGUCUUUCAUUAUCAAAGUCAUUUUGCAGGUUUGAUAAAUGUGUUAUCUGAAUUUUACUAGAAGAAACGUAAGACUUUUCAGUUGUUAGUACUUUAUAUUAUUCUGUGACUUGUGUUAAAACUUAAUACCGUUUAUGCUAUUCGCUACCAAUUUUGUUACUGUGACACUCAAAUAAUUAUGUAAUUGCAGUUAUAAUAUUGGAUUGAACUUUUUGACAUCAUUGAUGAUGUGGUAUCUUGUUUAUUUUUGUUGACCAUCUAUCACUUUCUAGUUUGAUAUAGCUGAGCUUCAUGAGCAUCCGGUGUCUCAUGUCUUAUGAUGGUGUUUCUUCUUCUUCUUCUUCUUCUUCUUCUGGAUCAUGUGCAGCAACAACAACAGAUGGUUGACCAUGUUGGCCAUGAAUUUAACAGUCAGUUAACAAAGUGUUCGAGAAAACUGCACUGCCUGAACCGCAUCCUAUGGAGCCAUUUGUUUUGGUAGAACAAAAGAUCUUAUUGGUAUUCUUUUAUUGGAUUCGGGCUUGUUCCUUUUGACAUCCUCUAUCCUUCUACAACUGUUUGUUUUUUAUCUUUUAUAAUAUCUUCUUGCACAUCAGAUGGUCUACAAUGUCUGUGGAGAUAAUCUGUAUAUAUGUACAUGUGAUACUGUGCUUGCUGCUCUUAUCAUUCAAAGGCUUUAUCAUUAUUAUCGGUAUCA